AUAAUAAUUAAUUAAUAAUUGAUAAACGCAGAUCCACUUCUCUAAUUUCUUUAUUUUUAAAAGAAAAUUUGGUAGUUCAGUUAUAACUAACUGAAGACCCUGCCAACGCCAAGAAGAAGCGAGGAGCGGAAGACCCUUCCGACUGCGUCGUCACAACCGUCCUCUCCCUCCUGCCCACCCGCGGCGCCGCCGGCACCGCCCUCCUCUCCUCCCGAUGGCGCCACCUCUGGAAGUCCGUCCCCCUCCACCUCCACGACUGCAUCACUCGCCCCCUAAACCCCUCCGAGGACGACGAGGAGUCGCGCGCCCGAGCCGUCCCCAGCAUCCUCUCCUCACCUCCCUUCUCUCGUGCACAGCCUUAAGACCCUGGCUGUUGAAGUGACGUCCAUUCUUACGAAGAAGUAAAGAUGCUCACCGAGCUUUCCUUGCCUCGAAAGGCUCUAUAUUGAGUGUAUUGUCUGGUCUUCACUAACAGGACCCGCUUUUGAGUACUGGGAGCUACGUACCUUUGCAGUUAUGCUUACUUCUUAAAGAUUGAAAAUUUGCCUAAAGCUCCCAACAAUACCUCGUGUGGGGACAUCCAACGACGCCUCUACAAGAAAUAAAGGUUUAACAAAACUAGCGGCUACUUGGUGGGUCCUCUGGACCGAGCGAAACAGUUUUGCUUUUGGUACGAAUCUUCCCAACAUCGUCGGAGCCUCGGACAGAGCUUCAACCAUGUUUAGCUCUUGGAUCACACUCCCUUUAGGCUUCAAUGGAGGAGAAGCAUGCCACAAAGAAGAGCAGGACAGAUCACGGCUCCUGCGUCACUGCCGCGGCCGCAAGCGGUCUCACCGGCAGGCGCAAAGGCCACGUGGACGUGAUCAGCGGCCUCCCUGAUUGCCUCCUCGGCAUAAUCCUCUCCUUGCUGCCCACGAAAGAAGCGGCCCGAACCAGCCUCCUGUCCUCGCGGUGGCGCCGCGUCUGGAACACGUCCCCUCUUUACCUCUCUGACGACUGCAUCUGGAGCAAAAAGAUCUUUGCUCGCCGGAUAUUCGGCAGGGUCACGCCGUGGAGCCGCGACAAGCGCUGGCGCUUCCACACCAUCAGCCACAUCCUUGGCUCUCAUCGCGGCAGCGUGCAACGCUUCAGCCUCAUCCACACGCGCUUCCUAGACCACGACCUGUCCGUCGCCGAAGGCUGGUUCUGCAUCCUGGCGCAAAAGCACGUUCAAGAAAUCGAGCUGCGGUUCCCCAAUGACUAUUCUCCCGCGCAACGUUGGAUUCCGGCUUUCCUCUUCGCCUGCGAAUCUCUGAAGAAAUUGUCUCUGCAUAAUUGCCUGUUCCCCGCUGAGGCUUCCUUGAAUCUUAUUAACCUGCUCGAACUAGAUCUUCAUGAAACGGAAGUAAAGGACAAGGGCUUGCGCAAGAUACUAUCCUGCUGCACUGCACUUCAACUUUUGUCCAUAGAAGACAGAAGCCUUCAUCGGAUCCACCUCCGCUCGCGGAGCCUUCGAGUGCUGAGGGUCAUAGACUGCUUUGACUUGAAAGAGCUGUUCAUUGAGGAUGCUCCCAAUCUCCAGCGAUUGCUCGGGAGUAGUUUGGCACGGAAGGAGUGUGUGAAGAUUGUUAGCGCGCCGAAGCUCGAGAUGUUGGGCAUUUUGACCAUGAAGAUACGGAGGAUAGAGGUGGGCACGUCCGUUUUCGAGACGUCGAAAGAGAGAACGGAUGUCAGCUUGAGUACUCUGGAGCAUAGCGUUAAGAUCCUAUCUGUUGUCGUGAACUUGGGUGCUCAUGAAGAAGUGAAGAUGCUCGCCUAUUUACUCCGAUGCUUUCCUUGUCUGGAAAAGCUGCAUAUUCAGUGUUCUCACAACAUUGACGGGAAUUCAGCAAAUAAUGGAGUUUUGGAUUAUUGGGAGCAGAUAGAUUCUAUUGAUUGUGUCGAUCAUCAUCUGAAGAUCGUAAAGAUAACAAUGUAUGAUGGGCUGGUCGGCGAACUAAACCUUGCCAAGUAUCUUAUCGCGAAAGCAAGAGUUCUUACAACGUUGAGGAUUGAAUGCGAAAGCAAGUUCGGUAAAAGAUGGACUAGUAAACAGCGAAGUCUGUUACGCUUUCAAGAUAGAGCCUCUUUAGAUGCUCAGAUAACUUUUGUGAAGUACAAAACCCUCUUCUGGAGAGACAGCCUACCUAAAUUUGACUUGUCUUCUGCUGAUCCUUUCGACAUUGGGACAUGCUGAUUUUUCAUUUUUUCCCCCUUUUCUCAGCCCUGAUUUUGGCUCAUGUUUUGAGCUGGAAAGACUUGCAGGUUUCUUUGAGGCGUCAUUUAUCUUUGUUCUUCGAUAGUAACCAUAGUUGGUUUAAUUCUUGAUAAUUUUUUUUUCUGUUAAGUUCCGCAAUUGAUGCCUCAUUGGUUUAUCUGAUUUGUAAUAUUGGGAAACAGUCUAACUAGUUAUCUUAAAUGUAUCAGUCAUAUGUUGGAUUAUAGUUUCUUUGCAAUAAAUAUCAUUCUAAACUUGAUUUUAUUGUGUAGAUUAUUAUGCAGCUGUCAGUAUUCUCUGAAUGAAAUAUCCUUUUGUCGAUGCAAAGCUUCGUAAAGAAAUAUACAAUUAAUUGUAUUCUAAUUUUUUCAUCGUAAGAUAAUCGAAUAUAAGUCUUGACAUCUUGUUUUCUGCUGUUUGCGCAUUAAGCUUCAUGUCAGUCUGUUAGGAAUUAUACUUGCUACUUUGUAAACUAUUAUAUCUUUUGCCAUAUAUUCAUUCCUACAUGUCAGUUCAGGCCUAUACAGUUUCUGUAGUCAAAAUGUCAAAUAAAGCUUUUAAUUGCCCUCUUGAGUAGAGAUACUGAGAAGUACUAACAGUUUGUUUUGACAAAGUCUCUUUCAUGGCAAAUCCAAAAGCAAAAACUCUAAUUUACUGUGAAUUCAGAAACAAAGGAAAUCUAAUUGAAGCUUCUGUUUUGGGGAUCUACAGUUUUCACAUUGACAGCAGUUGGCAAGUAUACUAAUUCUUAUAUCCCAAAUACUUGUCACUGCACUAUCAGAUGAGAGAUUUUCGGAGAAUGUGGUGUUGAACUUCAUACAAGUAAACCAUUUUUAUCUAAUUUCAUGCUAGCUUCCAGAACUUCAAUCUAAAAAAAUCUGCUUAUUUCUUCCAAAAAUAUUUCACAUUGAACUAGAAAAAUGUUAUGCGGAAAAAUUGCAACCUCUUGAGUCAAGUUAUUUAUAAUUUGGAUCGAUUUGAUUUUCUAAUAGAAACAAAAAAAAAUAAUAAUCAGAGCUUAAGCAAUACUAUCUCCGAUUUCCAUAUAAAAUUAAGGCUAAAUUGCACUUUUGGCCCUCAAACUAUGGGGCGGAAGACACUUUAGUUUUCAAACUUUAAGUUGUUUUAAUUUCUAGCUCAUAAUUUUUAAAUUAUUGCAAUAUGGUCUUACAGCUUUAAAUUAACUAUAUAUUAAUAUGUUGCCAAUAUUGCAAUUAUAUAAUAUCUUAAUUAUUGUCAUGUUAUUAAUCACAAUAUUAUUAUAUUACUCUCACAUCAGCAACACAUCACCAUACGGUCAAAUUAAACUAUUAAACGUCUUAUAGUUUGAAAGCCAAAAGUGUAAUUUAGCAUAGGAUUAAUCAAUAUAUUUAUUAUAAAAUGAAUUAUAAUUUCCUAUGCAAAUCUAAUUAAGAUACUGCUUAUAUCUAGUCUUGUUGUUGUGCAAAGCAAUCCUAUCGAUCCUGCGCAGAUAAUACCAGUACCCUAGCCUAGGUUUUUUUACGAAUCUUGAUGGAAACGAUUUAUUCGUUCUUUUCUUUUACUUGUGGUUUUAAUCAAAUCCAAAACAAAUAGAUAGAUCGAACUAUUUUAUAUUGUAGUCUCUCAAUAGAUUGACAUUGUGAGAUGUUAAUUCUUUUUUUUCUCUGUU